ACCCGCCCCGCGGCCUUGUGGGAAUUGUAGAAACCGCCUCUGCUGUCAGGGCGCAUGCGCAGUGAGAGGCAGAGAACAUUCCGGAAGAAGAGAUUCGGAGUGCGCAACAGCCGGACACAGAGCGUUACUGACCAGAUUUAGAUGCUGUGACAUCAUGUUGGUGGCAAGGUUCACUUGUCUAAGGAACUUACCAGCCCUGAGCCUACGGCCUGUUCUCACCCAGGGGAGACCAGCAUGGAGGAACUGCAACCUGAAAACUACUCAAUGGCUUCUGCAACCCAAACAGAAUUAUGCCACCAAGCCACGUGUUAGCAUACGACGGGCAAAAACAAUGCGUGAAAAGAUGAAGGAAGCACUGUUGAGCCCUUCACUGGAAACUGCAGCCAAAUUUGACUCCACAGGAAGAUUGUUUGUGGCUGGUGGAGCAGCUAUUGGUCUUGGGGCACUUUGUUACUACGGAUUGGGAAUGUCCAGUGAGAUUGGAGCCAUUGAAAAAGCUGUUAUCUGGCCACAGUAUGUGAAGGAGAGAAUCCGUUCCACGUACAUGUACUUUUCGGGCAGUAUAGGGCUUACUGCACUAUCUGCUGUAGCAAUCUGCAGAUCACCAGCAAUCAUGAAACUCAUGAUGAAGAAUUCCCUCCUGGCAAUAGGAGCAACAUUUGCAGCAAUGAUAGGAGCAGGUAUUUUGGUGAGAUCUAUACCGUACGAGGAAGGGCUAAAUGCUAAACACCUAGCCUGGAUGUUGCAUGCCGGUGUGAUGGGAGCUGUGGUUGCUCCAUUGACCCUUCUUGGUGGCCCCAUCCUGAUGAGAGCCGCUUGGUACACAGUCGGGAUUGUGGGUGGCCUCUCCACUGUGGCUAUGUGUGCUCCAAGUGAGAAGUUCCUGAACAUUGGUGGACCAUUGGCUGUUGGGCUGGGAUUGGUUUUUGCUUCCUCCAUAGGCUCCAUGUUCCUGCCCCCCACCUCUGCAUUCGGUGCUGGCCUGUAUUCUGUGGCUAUCUAUGGAGGCUUGGUGCUUUUUGGCAUAUUCCUGUUGUCUGACACCCAAAAGGUGAUUAAACAAGCAGAGAUCUACCCAGUGUAUGGCGUUAAGAAAUUUGAUCCCAUUAAUGCGUGUAUGGGGAUUUAUAUGGAUACAUUAAACAUCUUCAUUCGAGUAGCAGCUAUACUGUCAAACAGUGGCUCUACCAGGAGGAAGUGAUGGGAAGAGAGACUGACUGACUGUACGCAGGGGAUUUCUGUGAAUCUGCUAAUCAGAGCCAAGCAUAAUACCUCUGAACCAGCUAACAAUAAAGGGACAAUAGUGAAAUAGGCGUUCUUUGCACCUCCUUUGUUUUCUGUGAAGAAUAAAAUCAAAGUUAUAGUCUGGUAUAUUGUGUUCUAUAUGCACGAGAGAGAAGCAAUGUUACUAUAUUUUAAAGAUUCGAAAGCCAUUUUCUUGCAGUUUCAAAAAUACUUUGUGUUUGAGCUGCUUUAUUUAAUAAAGUUUUAUCAAAUGGAA